AUGUCAAGCAUUAUGCUUAAUUGUAAGACCACACAGCAUCAAGAUUGUUCAAUCUGUUUUUCCAACCCAGCUAAGAUGCCGAUGGUGCUGGGAAUUCCGAGAGUUGCGCACAAAGUCAGCCCUAUCAAGUACAGAGACGAUUAUCAGCAUCAAUUCGUGCGUCGGAACCUGUAUCGCAGAGGCCAUCCACUUUUCCAAAAUCAGAGCGAAAUAAUGUACAUGUACGAAUGGGCGUUGAUAGUAAGUCUUGGUCUGCUUGGGCCAAGCGGAUCGUGCAAUGAAGAGGAAACCAUGUUGACGCCAAGAGCCUGGAAUCGCUCGACCGCCGAGUUCCAUCCAAAUUCGGCCAUGGAGCUGCCAAGAUGGGACUCCAUGCCGGCACGCUUGGUUUAUGUAACUCGUCUAUGGACUGUUUUUCUGCCCUUCUCCCCUCUAAUUGGAGUCCAGACAGCUGAGUCCUGGCAGUCUGUAAACAUCGGAUCUUGGGGACAGUUUGGACGACCCCAAGAUCCGCGGGUAAAUAUACCUCAGCCUUUUAGGGAUACUGAACGUCCCCUUGGCACCUCAUGCAUAAUUGCUCACUCAGGCUUGGCACUAUUUAUCUCCGGCCAGCCAUUCGAGAAAGGAAGGACUUCCAUGCUCCGAGGACACAAGGAAAAGCAAAUGGGAACGUUGAAAGUCUUGGCCAUGCCCGCCAACACGGCAGAUACACGAAUCAGCAAUCAAUUCGACAUUCUCAGUAAAUAG